AGAAAACUCUCCCCCCAAAACCUCGCACAAUUGUCACUGCUGCAGCUGCCGACAGCUGAUUCUUCGCAUCAGUUCCAGCGCGUUUUCAUCCAACUGCCAGACAGCCGACGACGACCUCAAUCGCCUACUCGACCAUGUCCACGACCAAUAGAGGAGGCAUCAUCCAGCCUCCGCGAGGCCGGCCUUCCAAGGUUACCAAACCCGCCGCGACACCUCGCCGUCCCGCUGCUCGCGGACGCCCCGGACUUCAAGACACAGUCCCGAACCAGGACCCUGAACUCGAAGCGCACCAUGAUCUAGGCCCGGAGCCCGAGGAUAUAGACCAGCAACAGCAUCAUCACCAUGAGCAUGAGCAUGAGCAUGAGCAUGAACAUGAGCAUGAACAUGAACAUGAUCACCACAAUGACUUUGAUCCCGAAGCUGCCGCAGCAGCCGCCGCCGUCGCUGCUCAGCAUACCGCCGCUCAGCAGCACCAGCAGCAGUUGGACCUGAGCACGGCAGCCAGCAUUCUGGCUAGCAGCGGCGCGAACCCCAUGGGAGUCAGCCCCCACGAACAACCAGACUUCGAGAUGACUCAGCAUGAUGGAGCAGAAGAGGCCCCUCACACCACCGAGAGCCUCGCCAUCCAGUCUGGCUACCACAACGUCAUCGUCGAAAGCGCCUUGGCCAAGAGACUUGCUCGCGAGCCAGGCAUGCGCUUAGCCCAGCAAAGACGCCCAGAGCAGCAACUAAACUUGCAAAGACGUAGCAACGUUGAGGCUUUGUUUGCCCACAUUGCUGGCGAGUCUGCCCCCGUUCCUUGCAAGAAUUGCCACAAGGGUCACGGCCCAUGGACUACAUGUGUCAUUGUCGACGGCCAAAUGUGUGGCAGUUGUGCCAACUGCUGGUUCAACGCAUCAGGUGCUAGAUGCUCAUUCCAUGAAACCCGCAACCCAGCAGCUCAUCCUGGGGCUGUGAUAGGAGACGGCUCGUUCAACAAUUUGGCCAUACCAUCUGCCGCCCUCGGUGGCUUCAAUUACGUAUCUGGGCCUGCUUCAGCUGAUCCCGUUGUCAAGUACACCAUCGAACGGGCCAUGGCAGAUAUCAGAGCAGCUGACAAGAGAACACGCCAUAUGCUUAUGAUCGAAGCUGCGGCCAAGCAGCUGGCUUUCCAAGUUGUUGCCUACGAGGAAAUUGUCCAUGAAGAGCAGGCACAAGAACACGCACAGGCUCAAGCGCAAGCACAAAGCCAAGGCCAUCCGCCACCCCCGGAAGCCAUCAUGGAAGACCCUGAUACUGCCCAGUAAGGCGCAGGAGGUCCUCGCUAGUCUUUCUUGGGUAGGCCAGCGUGAACUGGAGUUAAAAAGCGAAUGCUCAUGUGAUAUGGCAAAAUCGUCAAUUUCAAUGUUAAUAGUAACAAUAUUGAGGCUAGUCCUUCGACGCAUGUUGUCUCAUGGUCCUGUCGUCAUAGUUCCAGGUGAUUUAUGGCCAGUUGAUUCUUGAGGCAGACGAGAGGAACCGAGCACUUUCUACAUGGUUAGAGGGAGCAUGGCUGAGAUUAUAUCAUACGGUGUGGACGGCGGCGGCGAUGUUUUUCAGCACUCUAUGAUGUGUUUGGGAACAUGUGAGCAGAGCAGAUCAUUUUGUAGUAGGCGACGAGUCGCCUUUGAAACUGGAAUU